AUGACCAGACCUGAUCUUGCAUUCUCAGUUCAGAAGUUGAGCCAAUAUAUGCAUUGCCCCAAGGAGUCACACAUGGAUGCAACACUCAGGGUGGCCAGAUACAUUAAGGAAGCUCUAGGCCUUGGACUAUUCAUGUCAUCAGAAGUUACAAAGCAACUCCUUGCCUACUGUAACUCAGACUGGGGAGCAUAUCUAGAGACUAGGAGGUCUGUCACUGGAUACUUAAUCAAAUUUGGUGGAGCUCUUAUCUCUUGGAAGUCUAAGAAACAAGAGACAGUCUCCAGAAGUUCAGCAAAGGCUGAAUUCAGGAGCAUGGCAAACUGUGCAGCUGAGGUAACUUGGCUGAUUGGAUUGUUCAGAGAUCUUGGAUUUCAAGUUGAUCUUCCAGUUAGAAUGGUAUGUGACAGCGAGUCGGCAAUACAAAUUGCAGUAAAUCCAAUCUUCCAUGAAAGGACCAAACACAUAGACAUAGAUUGUCAUUUUGUAAGGGAAAAGAUCUGUCAAGGAACUCUAGAAACUGAAUUCACCCACACUAAAGAUUAG